UGUGAUUUUGUGAUGUGCUAUUUUGUUUUACACUAUUGGAUUUUUUCGGAUUUCCCCAAGAAGCCAUGCCAACCCGGGACUACAAACGGCGGAAAGUGACACGCCCCUAGCUGUGGGCGGUAACUCCCCCCACCGCCCCCCAUCGCCCCCGGCAUGGAGUACGUGCCGAACAACCCGCAGUACGGGGGCUGUCAGAGCCUGUGCGACCCCCUCGCCUGCACCUGCGACCAGCUCCGCUUCGCUGACGACUGCUGCCAGCAAGAGCCGGAGUGCUGUCCGGAGAAUGAGCUGAACACGCUCACGAGCAUCCCGUGCGACCUGGAGGAUGUAGGGGAGGCGUGGAGCGGCGACAUGGGCUCGUUCUCGUUACCGGCGCUGGAGUUGGACCCCCUGCCUUCGCUGUUUCCCUUCUCGCCGUGUGCGGGGUACAACAGGAGCGGGGGGGAGUGUCGCGAGAGGGGCGGGGAGGCGGCGGACGUCCUCCUCUCGUUGAAGCAUGCCGUCGUCCACGACUGCGCCGAAACGGUGCACCCGCAGAUGAUGGGUAAUGGCGGGUACGGGUACUACGAGCACUACGGCGGCGCGCCGCUCUUCCCCACCAUGAGCGUCAACGUCUCCAUGAACAUGACUAUGCACGGCUGCCCGCCCGACCAGCUGUGCCCGCAGGUACAAUGGAACCAGAACUCCGCAGCGCCCGUCAACGUGGUAUACCCUCAAACGCAGAACAUACCCACAUCCUAUCCUUCCGCUACCUACUCCUUCACAGCCGACUUCCGACCCAGCCAGUCCGAUCCGCUCAUAACCGCCUCAUCCACCUUCAAACCCAUCCAAAUCCAGAACCAGAAGCAGAACAACUACAUCUUCCAGCAGAAGCCCAACUUCGCUGGUCAAAAAACUCUGCCAUUGAAGAGGUCGCCGAGCAAGAUGUAUGAGAACCAGAAGGAACAAAUGGCAAAUCCGUACAUCUUGAAUCAUCAGCAGGAAUCGGACUUCGGGUAUACCACCUGCAUCAAUGGAUCUGGUAAAGUACAGGUUGGAGCACUAAGCGGGUGUUCAGAAGAUGACGAACAGAAACCCAACCUGUGUCGGAUCUGCGGCAAAACGUACGCGCGACCCAGCACACUCAAGACCCAUCUUAGGACACACUCGGGGGAGAGACCAUAUAGAUGUGGAGAUUGCAACAAGAGUUUUUCUCAGGCUGCCAACCUGACUGCACACGUGAGGACCCAUACCGGCCAGAAGCCUUUCCGGUGUCCAAUCUGCGACCGUCGUUUCAGCCAGAGCUCCAGUGUCACCACCCACAUGAGAACCCAUUCCGGAGAGCGACCGUACCAAUGCCGGUCAUGCAAGAAGGCUUUUUCAGACAGCUCUACAUUGACAAAACACCUUCGGAUACAUUCAGGAGAAAAACCGUACCAGUGUAAAUUGUGUCUGCUGAGGUUUUCGCAGUCGGGCAACCUGAACAGGCAUAUGCGCGUCCACGGCAACAUGUCGGGCGGCAUGCUCGGCUGACACGUGUUUGUGCCGAUAGACUAUAUCGUGCCGUAGUGAUCGCACAUAGACUUGCUGAAGCAGUGGUGAAAUCUGAGGCCCGAUUCUUAGACCUCGACUCAUGUAUUACUGACGAACAGCUUAUCUAAAUGUUUUGUCUUCGUCUCUCUUUAAGAAUGUAGCGAACUUUUUUAAAGAGCGACGAAGACAAAAUAUACUGAUAAGCUGUUUGUCAUAACAAAAUUUAUAAUUGAUUGAAGAUAGAUAGGAUAAGAAAGGUACGAGAAUCGGGUCAUAGCAAAAAAAUAUCUUAAAGUUUUUGUUGGAGAAGUUUUGCAAAUAUCAGUCAUGGUAAAAAGGACUCUUGAACUCGAAAUAUGAUAUGUAUAUAAUAUAGUGUAGAUGUGAAUUGUAUAUAAAAUAAUAUUUAUUAUUUAACGUGAUGUAUUAAAUGUUCUAGUCACCAUGUUUUGAAAUUAGCACAGCUAUUCAGAGAUGAGUCGAUUCAGAGUUAUUUUACCUCGAUAGUGAUCUUUAUGUCUGUGUCAUAAAGCUCAGAUCAGAGAUAAUAUAACUCUGGAUAAAUCGUAUCAAUAAUCUUAACUAUAUUAAUAAACAAUUAAAUAUUGUAGCAUGAUUAAGUCAUAGAUUUCCGCAUGUGAAACAUAACAUUAUAAUAGUGGUAUUUUCGAUAUGUGUACAAAAAAGUUUGGUAACCAAUACAUUACAAAAUUAAUACUUAUUAUACAUACCCUUUAUUAAGUUACCAAAUCUUUGUUUCUACUCUCUGA